AUGUUAGAGUCGAACGAUAACAUCCCUGAUAAUAUAAUACUUCUUUUAUAUCUAGAGAUAACUAUCAUGACCCAAUUCAUGACAAGAAAGUUUAGUAAAAAAUUUUUGUUUAUUUUCCGCCCAAGAUUUGAUAUUUUUUACAAAAGAAAAUAUUUAAUUUAA